CCCGUUGCCGUCAAGCGCGGCGGUGUCGCGGCUGCGCGGGCUUUUCGCCGCGGGGAUGGCGGAGCCGGGGAUGGAAGUGGAACCGGGGAUGGAAGCGGAACCGGGGGGCGAACCGGAGCCGGGACCGGGGGUGGAACCGGAGCCGGGACCGGGGGCGGAACCGGAGCCCGGGGCGGAGCCGGAGCCCGAGCCCGGGGCGGUGUCGGCCGAGGCGGUUCUGCGGGAGCUGGAGCUGUUCGAGCUCCGCUGCGAGGGCGAGGACGUGCCCGGCAGGCUGCUGGAGCUGUGUGUGACCCACGCGCUGGGCCCGGUGACGUUGGCCAACGAGCUGCUGGCGUUUGUCACCACCAAGGAGCUGGGGACGCGCCUCGGCGCCCACACGCUCGACGCCUUCGAGCACGAGGUCCUGUCCCGGCGCAGCAGCCGCGUCCCCCGGCGCAGGGACCGUCCCCACCGGGGCCUCCACGACGUCCACUCGCUGCAGGGCCUCCUGGAGGAGGAGGAGGAGGACGAGCUGCUGGACGCCUACGCCACGCCCUCCAAGGGGUCCCAGAAACGCAGCAUCUCCAGCCCGGAGCGGCCGCGGCACAAGCGGCUCUCGGGCCACAGCCCCCUCGGGCCCUUCUCGCCGGGCAGCUUCUCCCCCAGCGCCACCCCGUCCCGUCACUACGCGUCGCGCGGGGGCCGGGGGGACGUGGUGGCCGCGCUCGGGGACGCGCCGGGGACAUCGUGGAGCAGCCUCGGGACCCCCGGCUGCACCCCCCGGCUCUUUGGGCCCCCCGAGCGGCACCUGAGCAAACCCCACAAGUUCAUGUUCCAGAAGCCGCUGGACGUGCGCGAAGCGAUGCUGUGGCGGAUGGAGGAGCUCGGGGACGCCCUCAAGCGCCACCACCGGCUGGAGGACUUCGCCGCGGUGACGCUCCCGGCCCAGGAGCCGGUGACGGUUCUGGGCCAGAUCGCGUGCGACAGCGCCGGGAAGCUGAACGCGCAGUCGGUGCUGCUGGUGGGCGACGCGUUCCACGCCGGGGGGGCGCAGGUCCCGCUGGACCUCUCGGAAUUGACCGAAUUCUCCCUUUUUCCGGGGCAGAUCGUGGCGCUGGAGGGAACCAACAGCACCGGGAGGAGGAUGAGGGUGACCAGGAUCUACGAGGGGGUUCCCCUUCCCUUCCACGCGCCCACGGAACCGCUGCCAGAUCACGUCUCGGUGCUCGUGGCCUGUGGCCCCUUCACCCCCUCGGACGGUGUCGCCUUCGAGCCCCUGAGGGACCUGCUGGACGUGAUCGAGCGGGACCGGCCCGACCUGUGUCUGCUGCUGGGGCCGUUCCUGGACGCCAGACACGAGCAGGUGCAGCGUGUGCUCCUGGUCCCCAACCCCUGUACCCUGGAGCUCGGUGGCACCGUCCUGGGCGUCACCUCCACCGACCUGCUGCUGCACCUGGGGGCUGAGGAGACCAACAGAUCGGCCGGCGGCUCCGACCGCUUCACGCGGAUCCUCCAGCACAUCCUGACGCAGCGGAGUUAUUACCCGCUGUACCCCCCCUCGGAGGAGCUGAACGUGGACUACGAGGGUCUCUACAGCUACGGGUCCUUCCCCGUCACCCCCCACGUCCUCGUCACGCCCUCGGACCUGCGCUACUUCGUCAAGGACGUGCUGGGCUGCGUGUGCCUCAACCCCGGCCGCCUGGCCAAGGGCCGCACCGGCGGCACGUUCGGCCGCCUGUCCCUGCGCCGCGGGGCCGACGGGACCCCGCACGUGGCCGCCCAGGUCGUGCGCAUCUGACACCGGCCCCCGUGGCCCGCCAUGGCCAUCCGGACCGGACACCGGCCCCCAUGGCCCGCCAUGGCCAUCUGGACCCGACACCGGCCCCCAUGGCCCCUCGUGGCCAUCCGGACCUGCUACUGGCCCCCAUUGUCCCCCAUGGCCAUUCGGACCUGACACCGGCCCCCAUAGCCCCCCGUGGCCAUCCGGACCCGACACUGGCCCCCGUGGUCACCUGUGGCCAUCUGGACCGGACACCGGCCCCCGUGGUCUCCCAUGGCCAUUCGGACUUGACACCGGCCCCAUGGCCCCCCAUGGCCCCCCAUGGCCAUCUGGACCUGACACCGGCCCCCAUGGCCCCCAUGGCCAUUCGGACUCAACACUUGCCCCCAUGGCCCCCAUGGCCCCCCAUGGCCAUCCGGACCAGACACCGGCCCCAUGGUUCCCUAUGAAACACCACAGUCCCGCCGAGAACACCCGCCCGGCCACCGGUGUGCGCCUGUUGGGCCCCUGCACACCCCGAGACCUCGUUACCAAUCACUAAUUGAUCCAUUAAGAAGCAGCAGGAGCUCCCGGGGGUUCCUACAGGGGUUUCUACGGCGACUUUGGGCUGAGAAACAGCGAUUUUGGGCCGACAAGCAGCGACUUUUGGGCCAACCAACAAUGAUUUUUGGGCCAUGGAUCCUCGAUGUUGUGUCGCUCGUUUCAUCGCUAAUUAACUAACGACUUAAACACAAA